CUCGGAUCCUGGCGCUGGUUUGAAUGGGCGGAGGAUUCUCCCUCUGAGCUCGACUCCGAGUUGCUGAGGUGCCAGGUGUGUGUCUGUGUAGCCACACAGAUCUCCAGCUGUACCGCUCGCCCGCACACCCUCCUGCAUCAUGGCGGGGGCGUCGGUGAAGGUGGCGGUGAGGGUUCGACCCUUCAACUCCAGAGAGAUCGGGAAGGACAGUAAAUGCAUCAUUCAGAUGACAGGAAACACCACAACGAUCCUGAACCCCAAACAGCCAAAAGAAAACAAGAGCUUUAACUUCGACUUCUCUUACUGGUCACACACUACGCCCGAGGACAUCAACUAUGCGUCUCAGAUGCAGGUGUACAGGGACAUCGGAGAGGAGAUGCUGCUUCAUGCCUUCGAAGGCUACAAUGUCUGCAUCUUUGCAUACGGCCAGACGGGAUCUGGCAAAAGUUACACCAUGAUGGGACGACAGGACCAACAGGACCAACAAGGGAUCAUACCUCUGCUGUGUGAGGACCUGUUCACCAAGAUCAAUGACAUCAAUAAUGAAAACAGCAUGUCUUACUCUGUGGAGGUGAGUUACAUGGAGAUUUACUGUGAGCGUGUACGUGACCUGCUGAACCCCAAAAAUAAAAACCUGCGUGUCAGAGAGCACCCGCUGAUGGGACCUUACGUUGAAGAUUUAUCCAAGCUGGCCGUCACCGACUACAACGACAUCCAGGACCUGAUGGACUCUGGAAACAAAGCCAGGACUGUGGCUGCUACCAACAUGAACGAGACCAGCAGUCGCUCCCACGCUGUGUUCAACAUCAUCUUCACACAGAAGAAACACGAAAUGGAGACAGAAAACACUUUAGAAAAGGUCAGCAAGAUCAGUCUGGUGGACUUGGCUGGCAGCGAGAGAGCUGACUCAACUGGAGCUAAAGGAACCAGACUGAAGGAAGGAGCAAACAUCAACAAGUCUCUAACCACACUGGGGAAAGUUAUUUCUGGUCUGGCUGAACUGGCCUCCGCCCCACCCAAUAAGAACAAGAAGAAGAAGAAGGUGGAAAGUUUUAUUCCUUACAGAGAUUCAGUUCUGACCUGGCUACUGAGGGAGAACUUAGGAGGAAACUCUCGUACUGCUAUGGUGGCUGCCCUGAGCCCUGCUGAUAUUAACUAUGAUGAAACCCUCAGUACCCUCCGGUAUGCUGACCGUGCCAAACAGAUCCGCUGCAACGCCGUGAUCAACGAGGACCCCAGCAACCGUCUGGUGCGUGAGCUGAAGGAGGAGGUGGCUCGCCUCAAGGACCUUCUGUAUGCACAGGGCCUGGGAGACAUCAUAGAGACGUAUCGCUGUCCCGGCCCUGUCAUCGAUGGUUUGAAAUUGACCCACACCAUGACAGGAAUGAGCCCCUCUCCCUCGCUGUCGGCGCUGUCCAGUCGCGCCGGGUCCAUCGCCAAUCUCCACGACCGCAUCUUCAGCCCGGCCAGUGAAGAAACCAUUGAGAGGCUCAAGGAAACUGAGAAAAUCAUUGCUGAGCUCAAUGAGACGUGGGAGGAAAAGCUGCGUCGUACUGAGGCCAUCCGCAUGGAGAGAGAGGCCCUGCUGGCUGAGAUGGGUGUUGCCAUGAGAGAAGACGGAGGCACUGUGGGGGUCUUCUCCCCGAAAAAGACGCCUCAUCUGGUGAACCUGAACGAGGACCCGCUGAUGUCCGAGUGUCUGCUGUAUUACAUCAAGGACGGCAUCACCAAGGUCGGCCGAGAAGAUGCCAAGACUCGUCAAGACAUCGUUCUCAGUGGCCAUUUCAUCAGAGACGAGCACUGCACCUUCAGCAGCACCACAGGCCCUCAGGGAGAAGGAUGUGUCAUCCUUGAGCCAUGCGAGGGGUCAGAGACGUAUGUCAACGGGAAGAGAGUGACCUCCCCCAUCGUUCUGCGAUCUGGGCAUCGCAUCAUCAUGGGGAAGAGCCACGUGUUUCGCUUCACCGACCCGGAGCAGGCUCGUCUGGAGCGAGAGAGGACGCCGUGCGCUGAGACGCCGGUGGAGCCGGUCGACUGGGCCUUCGCUCAGCGAGAGCUGCUGGAGAAGCAAGGCAUCGACAUGAAGCAGGAGAUGGAGCAGAGGCUUCAGGAACUUGAGGAUCAGUACCGUAAAGAAAGAGAGGAGGCCAGUAACCUACUGGAACAGCAAAGACUGGACUAUGAGAGUAAACUGGAGGCUCUUCAGAGACAGGUGGAUUCUCGGUGCCUGGAGUCACCUGAGGAAGAGGAGGAGCCUGAAGAGGAAGUGGUGUGGACGCAGUGUGAGACGGAGCUGGCUCUGUGGGCGUUCAGGAAGUGGCGUUUCUACCAGUUCACCUCUCUCAGGGAUCUGCUGUGGGGCAACGCCAUCUUCCUCAAGGAGGCCAAUGCGAUCAGUGUGGAACUGAAGAAGAAGGUGCAGUUCCAGUUCGUCCUAUUGACGGACACUCUUUACUCUCCGCUGCCGCCUGACCUGCUGCCCGCCUGCGUGGCCAGGGAGAGAGAAAGACGACCUUUCCCUCAGACCAUCGUAGCCGUGGAGGUUCAGGAUCAGAAGAACGGAGCCACACAUUACUGGACACUGGAGAAACUCAGGAUGAGACUGGACCUGAUGAGAGAAAUGUACGACCGUGCUGCAGAGCUCCCCAGCAGUGCUGUGGAGGACUGCGACCACAGCCUGACCGGAGGCGACCCGUUCUACGACCGCUUUCCCUGGUUCCGUCUUGUCGGCAGGGCGUUUGUGUACCUGAGUAACCUGCUGUACCCGGUGCCCCUGGUACACCGCGUGGCCAUCGUCAGCGAGAAAGGAGAAGUGAAAGGCUUCCUCCGAGUGGCUGUGCAGGCAAUAUCAGCCGAUGAGGAGGCCCCUGAUUACGGCUCUGGUGUGAGGCAGUCCGGCACCGCCAAGAUCUCCUUCGAAGACAAACAUUUUGAGAAGUUCCAGACUGAGUCGUGUCCUGGUAAUCUGUCACACUCCAACACCUCCCAGGAGGAGCUGAGAUUCGUGGAGGGAGAAGGACAAAGCUCUGAAAUUGGAUUCUCUGCAGAUGAAGAAAACAACAACACGUGUGAAGCCUCUGUGGAGCCUCCCAGCAGCCCAGAGAAGAGUUUAAGUCUGGGUCUGGAUCUCCCCCUGGACCUCUCCCCAGAGAUUGCCCUGUCCCACCUGAAGGUCGGCAGCACCUUCACCUUCAGAGUCACCGUCUUACAGGCCUCCAGCAUCUCAGCCGAGUAUGCCGACAUCUUCUGCCAGUUCAAUUUCAUCCACCGUCAUGACGAAGCUUUCUCCACUGAACCGUUGAAGAACACCGGCAGAGGACCUCCGCUGGGCUUCUACCACGUCCAAAAUAUCACAGUGGAGGUGACUAAAUCCUUUGUGGAGUACAUUAAGACUCAGCCCAUCGUCUUCGAGGUGUUCGGUCACUACCAGAAACAGCCCUUCCCUCCGCUCUGCAAAGACCUGAUCAGUCCGCUGAGACCCUCCAGGAGGCAGUUCCCCAGGGUGAUGCCCUUAUCCAAACCAGUUCCGGCCACCAAGCUCAGCACUCUGACUCGCUCCACUGCGGGACCGUGUCACGCCAAGUACGAUCUCAUGGCCUUCUUUGAGAUCUGUGAGCUGGAGGCCAACGGAGACUACAUACCUGCUGUUGUUGACCACAGAGCUGGGAUGCCCUGUCACGGCCAGUUCCUCUUACAUCAGGGCAUUCAGAGGAGGAUCACCGUCACCAUCGCUCAUGAGACAGGAAAUGAUGUCGAGUGGAAAGAGGUGAAAGAGCUGGUCAUUGGUCGCAUUCGAAACACACCAGAGGCGGAUGAGACCAUCAUCGACCCCAACAUCCUUUCUCUCAACAUCCUGUCCUCCGGAUACUUCUGGCCAAAACAUGACGACAACGUCUCCUUGGGAGUUGAUCAUAGGACGUUCUACCGAUUUGAGGCAGCAUGGGACAGUUCCAUGCACAACUCUCUUCUCCUGAACAGAGUCACUCCCUAUGGGGAGAAGAUCUACAUCACCCUGUCUGCUUAUCUGGAGAUGGAGAAUUGCACUCAGCCGACAGUGAUCACCAAAGAUUUCUGCAUGGUGUUUUACUCACGUGACGCAAAGCUGCCGGCCUCUCGCUCCAUCAGGAACCUCUUCAGCACCGGCUGCCUCCGGCCCUCAGAAAGUAACCGUGUCACAGGAGUCUAUGAAGUCACUCUGUGUCAUGUGGCUGACAAUGGAAGUCCAGGCAUGCAGCGCCGUCGCAGGCGUGUGCUGGACACCUCGGUGGCGUACGUGCGAGGAGAGGAGAACCUGGCUGGCUGGAGGCCUCGGAGCGACAGCCUCAUCCUGGAUCACCAGUGGGAGCUGGAGAAACUCAGCUUACUGCAGGAGGUGGAGAAGACCAGGCACUACCUGCUGCUGAGGGAGAAGCUGGAGGCGACUCUGCAGGCGGGGCAGGACGCGCUGUACAAGAGCAGCGACAUCAGCGACUUCGCAAAGAGUCCGGUCCUCAGCCUCAGUCCCAGCAGCAGCCCCAGCCUCGAGAGCCCCAACCUGAGGCAGAGGGAGCUGGCUGCCAAGUGUUUGCGUCUGCUGAUGCACACCUUCAACAGGGAGUACAGCCAGGUGAGCAGCAGUGCCAGUGAGAGCAAGCUCUCUGAGAUGUCUGCGUCACUAAUGAGGGAGUCGUCAUCUGGACUGAGCACGCUCACUCCAUCUUCUACCUGCCCGUCACUGGUCGAGGGACACUAUGACAUUAGACAUACUGAACCAGGUUCAGGAGCAUCCACUCCCGACCUGGACCCGUACAGCCCGGUGGACAGAAAGAAAGCUCUCCGAGGAUACAGCUUUGUUCCUGACAUACAGGAGAUUCGUGUCAGCCCCAUCGUGUCAAAGAAGGGCUACUUGCACUUCCUGGAGCCCCACACCAGCGGCUGGGUGAAGCGCUACGUGGUUGUGCGCCGGCCUUACGUCUACCUGUACCGCAGCGAGAGGGACAGUGUUGAGAGAGCUGUCAUCAACCUGUCGUCUGCAAAGGUGGAAUACAGCGAAGACAAACAGACCUUACUGCGGACUCCCAACACGUUUGCUGUGUGCACCGAGCAUCGUGGGAUACUGCUGCAGGCCACCAAUGACAAAGAGAUGCAUGACUGGCUGUAUGCUUUCAACCCUCUGCUAGCUGGCACCAUCAGGUCAAAGCUCUCCCGGAGAAAGUCGGUCCAGUCGGUCCCGUCUGGGCAGAGGAUGUGAGAGGUGAACCAGCCUGAUGGAAACCUACACUCCCAAAAAAAAAAAAUACAAUCUAAAAGCUCCGCUCUCCAUCCUGCUCCGAUGAACAUUGACCAUAUAAACAAACUUAUAAAUAAAACCAUUUACAUUGCUCUCUAUGUGACAUCAUCUCAAACCCCAGCGAAACACCUCUUCUCUCUUUUUGCAGUCGACACCUCAGACCCUGCAUGGUGUGCUCCCUCCUGACCAUUAGAAGCAUACAUAAGAAACACUAAUUACCCAAACAUGUUAGUUAUCCUCCCCCUGCUGGGCUUUUGGACAUGUUCUGAUUAGUUUUCAUAAACAUGUAGAAAUCAGUCUCCUGUGAGACCACCCGGUCCCUGUAGAAAGUUACUAUGUGCUCUGAACUAAAGUCCCAGUUGUAAAAACCAACCAUUCAUGUAUUUCUACUUAACGCCAUCAGGUGAGGGGGGAAAACAAUAAUACUUUGAAAAAAGAAACACCGAACUGGAUGUGACUCUGUGUAGACGUGUAUUUAGCUCCACAUCCAUCAUUCAAAUACUGCACAUUACCUCAGUUUGCAACGGCUUGGUGCUCUAUGACAUAGAGUAUUUGUUUCACGGCAAAAAUAGACGAGUCAUUAAAACACCGAAGUAGCAUGAGGAGGGAUUUGUUGAGACAAAAGGGUAAGCUGUAUCUGUGUUGUUGUUUUUUAUUUUUUAAACUAGUUCAACUGAGAUUGUUGGCCAGAUUGAGGCAGAAAAUAACCCAGGAGAGAUAACUCAUGUCCUCGCCUUGUUCUUGAUAUGUUCGUCUACAUUCAACAUAACCCCCUUGUUCAUAUAUUUAUAUAUUUAUGUAUAUAGCUACAGCAGAAUAUUAUUUAUUGUUGCUAUCAUAGGUUCUCUGCACUGUUAUUUAUUUGUGACGGGAUCACUAAUCAGUUUUGUUUCAUGGCACUUUAUUAUCGUUAUUGAGUUAAUGUCUUGUAUCAUUCACUCACUUGUUUAACCAAAGUAUUUUAUUUUGUUAUUCUACUUGUUCCACAUGUUGUGACUGUACAUUAGGUCAGCAGACAGUUCAUGAGAAUAACUGGAUGGUAAAUAGUUCAGAGUUUUGAGAAAUAUUCCUAUUUGCCUUCUUGCUGAGAAAGAUAAGAAGAUUGAUGCUACUCUGUGGUCUGCAUGCUAAAAAUGAGGUUAGCCACCAGCAGUCAGUUAGCCUAGCCUAGCUUAACCAAAACAGGAAGUAAUAUGGAACAACAUCUGCCUGCCAGUAUUUUCUUAUUUAGUCUCACGCAAUAAAGCAAAUGAAUGAUUUUUUUCUCAACUCUGAACUAUUUCUUUAAACUAAUCAAUUAUAUCUAAAUUGAACAACUGUAUUUUGUGUGUGUGGUUACAUUUGUAUCUAGUAAGCACUUAUUCAGGCCGCUAUGGGCCGUCAGAGUUGUUACGUUAAAUACGUUUACUAUUUGCGUCUCCUCUAGUAGCUACAUGAAAAGUUUGAAAUGAUCCUGGACCUGUAAUCUGUUGAGGACAGUUGCUUUGAGUGGGCAAGAGCUUUGCCCAUCCACCAGAUAGUGCCUCCCUUUCUUCACCUCUUUUUAUUCUCUCCCUUCCUCAUCAAUACAUCAACACUGAAGUAAGUUACAUGUGGGAGUUGGCUUUCAGGUUGUGUUAUAGUAGAUGCUACAGACCUUUUUUUUAUGUCUUGGAGAGUGAAUAUUAUCGAUGAUGCUUUAUAAUUUGUUGGUACAGUGACAGUACAGCAUAUGUCUCAUUAUCAUUGACUGUAAAUGUUGCAUUUAAAAGUAAAUCCCCUCUUAGUUUAUGUACUGUAGGCACUAUAUAUACAUUUGAGAGCCUGGUGUUGUGUCAGAAACCAGUACAGUAUGAUUAGCUUUGGUGUUGCUAUGAUUUUGUUUCUGUAUUUUUUUGCACUGUACCAAGAUGACCCCGGAUGUUGGUCUAUCUAAAAACAAAGUAGCUUUUUGAAGCUAGAAAGAUUAUUUACAUAACAUAUUAUUGGGUAUGUGUAUUGUAUUAUUUGCAUUAAGAAGAAUAUUAUCCAUAUCUGUUCACGUUGGAGAAGAACAUCUUAUAUGUUUGUAAAUCUUAUACCCAAGACAUGGUCAGCCAACCAUUUGGUCUUUCUCAUUUUCCUCUAUAAUCUGUUUACUUUCAGAUCGAUCUACAGAAAGUAUUUAGGACUCUUUAUGCCACAGGCCAGCCAACCUGUUGAGCAAGAGAGCCCAAUACUUUAUAAGUCUGUACAAACUAACACAAAGGUUUUUUUUAAUCACAUUUCACUUUAUACUUGUUGCUACUUGCAGUACUUAAUAUUCUCUCUUUGAGCUGAGUUCAGGGUUUUGGGUCAUCUUGGUAUAAUCACCUCAUUCGGUAACAUGCUUACUAAUAUAAAAUGUAUGCUGUCUGCUGGAACAGAAGACAAAUGGAAAGUUUUAUUUAUAAAGUUUUAAAUUAUAGAUUAUGUUCUUAUGAUAUAUUGCACUUCAUGCACAAAGCGUCUUUAUUUAAUAUGAUUUCAUAUGAUGAUGUUUUAAGAAUGUGUAGAAAAGACUGGGUUUGGCUCAAGGAUAUAACAGCCUGUAUUGAAAGGAGAAGAGUACAUGAAAGUGAAACGGUUCCAUUUUCGCCCCAACGGCUGAACAACCAACAACGCUGCACCAAAUCGCAUUGAUUUUUUUGUUGUAGUUUACGACUGGCGGAUGUUGCAGUUGCUCCAGCCCUGAUAGAUCAAGGGUAUCCUGUUAAGGAAUAACACUUUACAAGACAGAUUUAGUCCACUGGCCAAUUAUUGUUAAAAGAUAAAUAAAUUGAUUAUUUUAUAUUUGGCUGCUUUAAAAUUAUCAUCUGGAUCGAAGCAUGCAGGUCCACUUAUCUCCUGCUGUACUCUGUCCCUCUCUCCUGCCUUACUGCUUGAUAAUGACAACAGCCGCCCCCCCCUCCCUGGAGUGCUGCUUGUAAAGUAUUGUCAUUUAUGAUCCUUGUAAUGACUAACUGGAAACCUUCCUCUUGGCUCUGUCUUGUAUAUAAAUGGAGAAUUUCUGUGUUGGGUCUCAUCGCACAGAUGAUAUUAACUCUCUCUCUUCCUCUGUAUACCAUGAUGAAUAAGAAUAACUGGCCUGAUGCUUCGUCUUUGUCACCCUAGAGUAGAGUGCCGAUCAGGGAUCAGUUUUUUGCACAUGCAGCUCGACGUGGUUGAGGUGGUCAUUGUGGAGCGGGUUGGUGAUCCCAGGUCUGCACUCACUCUCUUUGCUCUGAGCCGAUUGACAGAAGCAGUAGCAGGUCCCAGCCUGUGAUCGUCUUAAUCUCAGUGCUCACGUUUAUCUUUUGAGUGUUCUAGAGUUUUUUCUCAUGUCUGUGGACACGUAACAAAAGUUGUGAAGAAAAAAAAAUAAAAGGCGAAAUA